CAAGUGUCCAACCUUUCAGACCCAAGCCCAUGCCCAUGAAUUAAUGGUGUCGAUAGACUCCAACUCCAUUGCUGUCCCUUAAACCCUUAAACUGUCCCAAAACCCUUCUCUGAUCCGAUCAUCAACAUCCAUAAGGGGUUUAGAAGUUUACGUGAUAAAUCAAAGAUGGUUCCUUUUAGAAGAUUACUAGCGAUUCGUACUCUUUCCCGGACGCUAGAGAGUCGAGAUUCUUCGUAUCUGCUUAGGAGUUCAAGAAGCUGCUAUAGUCAUUUUUCAAAGGAUCAUGAACUUCACUCCCAGAGAACUUGGUUUCACACGCAAAGAGGUCAUUGUGCUCUUCCUUGGAGUGAUGGAAGUACAGCUCUUCACUCUUUAAUGGCAGUGGAGUUGUCAGUUUUCUCAAUUAAAAAGAGGCUGGUGACAACACAGGCAAGAGCCCCCCCACAAGCACGGCAAAUGGGAGCUCUUAAAGUCUCUGUUUCGAGUCCUGGAUUCAUCUAUGAACCUUUUGCACCACGUGAACCAAUGCCAUUUUGGCGAAGGUGGUUCACAAAAAGUGGUUGGCGAAGAACAAAAGAUGAUAUCAUUCUAGAGCUGAAAAGUGCCUAUGCCAUUACUAAGUUAAGAAAAUCUGGAUAUUCGAAACACCAGUUCUACAAAGAGGCCAUUGAGUUAUACAAGGAGAUAAGCGCUCAAAUAGCAAAUGGUGACAAAAAUUCAUUGAGGAAAGCAGUUACAGAGAAAAUGUACUCUGAACUCAAGAAUGAAAUUAAACAGCGAGAGUCCAGGUGGAGUAAGGUUUAUUGGGAAAUGAUUGAACCAGUGAUUAAAAUAAGAACUUUGCGUGCUAGGCUGAUUGGUGUUGACCGAAAUGAUCUCAACAAAGUUUUCAUACAACUAACACUUGAGUUUCUGACAAAGCAGAAAUUUGAAGCCUAUGAUUCAAAAGGCACUAUCGUUGCUGGAGAUAAAACAAAGGAGCUGGCUCACUCAUCUACCCCAAACCUGAAAAUAGAGUCGCUCCCAUUUCUCCGAAAGCUGCAUCACAUAUCCCCAAAUUGCCGACCUAUCCUGUCCAUCACCACUCGCUUCUUUGCUACCCAAAGCCCUAACACUAAUUCGUUUCCUGACAAGCGCACUGUUGCCUAUUACGAUGAUCUAGUCAAUGCUGCUGGCCGUGAAAGAGACUUUAACAUGCUUCACUACCUCCUGAACAAGCGUGCAAGAGAUAACUGCUACAACUCCACCAACACCUUCAAAUUCAUCGCCAAUACAAAUAACUCCCUCUCUAUCCUGGACGAUGUCACUCAAACUCUAGCUCGCCUUGAUAAUGGCUUUGCUCGCAUGAGCGCAUACAACACACUAAUUGCACGUCUUUGCAAACUAGACCGUAUCAAGGAAUCACUUCACAUUGUGGAUAUCAUGGCAUGUGGGCAGUAUGGCUUAAACAUUUGUAGCUUUAACCCUAUUCUGAAUUCUCUUACAAGCAGGAAGAAAAUGGAGGAAGCCUGGCAUGUUAUCGACAUGAUGAAGACAGUAGGAGUUUCACCUGACAUAACAUCAUUCAAUUAUUUGUUGACGGCAUAUUGUUAUAAUGGGAAUUUAAUGGCUGCUAGUAAAAUGAUGAAGAGGAUUGAGGAGGAGGAAUUGGGUGCUGAUUCACGUACAUAUGAUGCACUGGUUUUGGGAGCAUGUAGAGCAGGGAAAGUGGAGGGAGCGCUAAUGGUUCUGAGGAGGAUAGAGGAUGACAAAGUGCAUGCUUUGCAUUCUACACAUUUGCAUAUCAUCAGUGCAUUCUUGAAGUUGGGAUAUUAUGCACAGGCAGUGAAGUUUGUCAUGAUUUAUGCAGGGAGAGAUGCAGCAUUAGAUACUGAGAGUUUUGGGUUAUUGGCUAGUAAGUUGGUUAAGUUAGGGAGGUUUGAGGAAGCUAAGGUAGUUUUGAAGGAAAUGCAGGGAAGGCGUUUGGUAAUGAGUGAUAAAUUGAGAAAGUACUGCAACUCAGAUGUUAAACUUGUUGAGUAGUUUCACUUAUUAUUCAUAGAGUAUCAACAUUUUCUGGAGUUGGUUUGGACAUAUGAGGCAACCCUAUUCUGAGGUCCUUGUUCGUGAUAUAUGGGUGUUUGAGAAGUCCCUUUUCCAUCCUGGAGCUUACUGGCGUCUUUGUGGACGGAUUUCAGUUUGAAUCCAGCCUCUGAGGCUCAAAGACCAUGCCGAAGAUGAAUAGCCAUUUCUACCCAAUUUUGCAAGCUGAAGAGAAUUUAGCAUAUCCAGUCAUCACCUCAUAUGUAGUUCUUUGCUUUAUGAAUUAAUUGUAUACUGAAUUUCAUGGGAAUAAAUGAACUUUAGAGCUUGGCUUUUCCAUA